AUGUCGUGUCGCUCCUUCCAGCUGGGCUCCCGAUGCGGUGGUCGGAGCUUCAGCUCCUGCUCAGCUGUCCUCCCCCGGAUGGUCACCCACUAUGCCGUGAGCAAGGGGCCGUGCCGGUCCGGGGGUGGGGGGGCCCUCCGCGCCCUGGGCUGCCUGGGCUCCCGGAGCCUGUGCAACGUGGGCUUCGGGAGGCCCCGGGUGGCCUCCAGGUGUGGCCUGCCCGGCUUUGGGUACCGAGUGGGGGCCCCCUGUGGGUCCUCGCCCUGCAUCGCCCCUGUCACCAUCAAUGAGAGCCUGCUGGUCCCGCUCGAGCUGGAGAUCGACCCGGCUGUGCAAAGGGUGAAGAGGGAUGAGAAGGAGCAAAUUAAGUGCCUGAACAACCGCUUUGCAUCCUUCAUCAACAAGGUGCGGUUCCUGGAGCAGAAGAACAAGCUGCUGGAGACCAAGUGGAACUUCAUGCAGCAGCAAAGGUGCUGUCAGAGCAACAUCGAGCCCAUCUUCCAGGCCUACAUCUCUGCCCUUCGGCGGCAGCUGGACUGCGUGGCAGGGGACCGGGCCAGGCUGGAGUCCGAGCUCUGCAGCCUCCAGGACGUGCUGGAAAGCUACAAGAAAAAGUAUGAAGAGGAGCUCUCCCUUCGGCCCUGUGCUGAGAAUGAGUUUGUUGCCUUGAAGAAGGAUGUGGACACAGCCUUCCUGAUGAAGGCUGACCUGGAGACCAACGUGGAGGCUCUGGUCCAGGAGAUCGACUUCCUGAAAGGCCUGUAUGAGGAGGAGAUCUGCCUGCUCCAGUCUCAGAUCUCUGAGACCUCCGUCAUUGUGAAGAUGGACAACAGCCGGGAGCUGGAUGUGGAUGGCAUCAUUGCUGAGAUCAAGGCCCAGUAUGACGACAUUGCCAGCCGCAGCAAAGCUGAAGCCGAGGCCUGGUACCAGAGCCGGUAUGAGGAGCUGCGGCUGACAGCUGGGAACCACUGUGACAACCUCCGCAACCGCAAGAACGAGAUCCUGGAAAUGAACAAGCUGAUUCAGCGGCUUCAGCAAGAAAUUGAGAACGUGAAAGCCCAGCGUUGCAAGCUGGAGGCUGCGGUGACCCAGGCGGAGCAGCAGGGUGAGGCGGCCCUCAGUGACGCCAAGUGCAAACUGGUAGGGCUGGAGGAGGCCCUGCAGAAGGCCAAGCAGGACAUGGCCUGCCUGCUCAAGGAGUACCAGGAGGUGAUGAACUCCAAGCUGGGCCUGGACAUCGAGAUCGCCACCUACAGGCGGCUGCUGGAGGGCGAGGAACACAGGUUGUGCGAAGGCAUCGGGCCCGUGAAUAUCUCCGUGAGCAGCUCCAAAGGCGCGGUCCUCUACGAGCCCUGUGUGGUCAGCACCCCCGUGCUGAGGACCGAGUACUGCCCGGGGGGCACCAGUGUCCUCAAGACCAACGGGGCCUGCAGCGUCGUGGGCACUGGUGAGGUCUAUGUCCCCUGCGAGCCCCAGGGGCUGCUGAGCUGUGUGAGCACGCGGAGUUCCUGCAUGAAGCUAGGGGCCGGGAGCAGCUCCUCCCACAAGUAUUAG